AUGGCCAGAUGCAUCGAUCUGGCUUCCAGCACCACGCAGCUCGGAGCGACAUUACAUGACGACGACGAUGCUGACCCGCGAUGUCUGCCACAGCGAAACACCGUCAAAUUCUUCAAGGAUCGCCACUGGACAGAGAGAGAGUUCCCCGAGCUGCAGUCCACCGGCGAGAAGAAGGUAAGCGGGCCAGCAAGCACCAACGGCAAAGUCGAUUGCAGAAUCAAUUGGAGAUGUGGUGUCGGCAACUUUGUCUUUCCGGUACUGGAGGCCAACCCGGACAUGUUCAUAUACUGCUGCGACUUUUCCAGCCGAGCAAUUGAGUUUGUAAAAGCUAACGAAAACUACGACGAGUCGCGAUGCCUGGCCUUUGUUUGCGACAUCACCCAAGAUCCUCUCACAAACACGAUUCCAGCCGCAUCGCUGGAUCUGCUCUCGUCGAUAUUCUGCCUGAGCGCGGUUCCUCCUCAGAAGCUGCAAGACGCCGUUAACAACAUCGGCGCGGUGAUGAAGCCGGGCGGCCUGGUCAUGUUCCGCGACUACGGGCUCUACGAUGCUGCCCAGCUGCGGUUUAAGCCGGGCCACAAGAUCGACGACAACUUCUACGUCCGCCAGGAUGGCACGUUCUCGGUCUACUUUAGCAUCGAGCAGCUCAAAGAGCUCUUCGAAAAUGCUGGCUUCGAGGCGAUUGCGAUCGACUAUGUCGAGAAGGAGAUUGUGAACCGGAAACGAGAGCUGUCGAUGCAGCGUCGGUGGAUCCAGGCCAAGUUCCGCAAGCUGUGA